CAUGCCACUACAAUCAUAGGCCUCAAAUAAUGCAACAUUGAAUAAUAUAAUUGAGAGAGAGUUUACCCUGGAGAUCCUCAAUCUCAAAAAAUGUUGGGUAUGGGAUGGGAUCUCAUCUCAGAUACCAUAUCAAUCAAAUCAGUACCUGUAAACCAUUGUAUUGUUACAAAAAGGGAGUUGCUUUCACAGGUUAGCAAAGUAUUUGACCCACUUGGUCUAUUAAACCCUUUUAACAAUUAAAUGGUGUUUAUUGGUGCAAGAAGCCUGGAAGACUAGGGUUAGUUGGGAUGAUCCACUACCACCCCAGUUACAAAAGGUUUGGAUGGAUGUGGCUCAUGAACAAACUUUAUUCGAACAAAUAAUCUUUCCAAGACACAUACUCGAGGAAAAUGAGGAAGUUACCCUAUAUGUAUUCGCAGACUCGUCAGCCAGAGUUUUCGGAGCUCUUGUGUUUACUGGUGACUACUUCACAAUCAUAUCUAAUCACCUCUAAGGCUAGAGUUGCUCCAUUCGACAAGAGGACUUUGCCUCAGAUGGAACUCACAGCAUUGUUAACCAGCACACGCUAAGCAAUGCAUAUCAAACAAAUCUUGUCUACCAUGAACAUCAAAGAUGUAAUUGUAUGGACCGACAAUGAAGCUGUCUUCCAGUGGGUACAGAAUGACAACUGUCAAAUCCCAUUGUAAGAAACCGUGUCUCAGAAAUAAGGAAGAUUUCUGCAGGCUUUCAAUUGUUGCAUGUGCCAACUAAAGAUAAUCCAGCUGAUCUCUUAUCAAGAGGGAUGAGGGAUGACGUUUAAACAUUCUGCAAAGGCAGAUAUUUGGUUUCAUGGGCAUUGAUGGCUAAUGAAUAGGAGUUGGUCAGAACAAAAGCCACACAUCAUAGUGACCGAAUCCAUAACUACCACCAGACCACAAGUCCAAACAUCAGCCUUAGAUUGUAUUCGUUACUUCUCACUUAUCAAAUUAAUCAAAGUGACACAAAAUGUGUUCCAUUAUCUCAAGAAAAGGGGCAUAAAAUAUACCUUUCCAGAACCACUCAUCUAUUGGGUAAGACAAGCCCAGAGAGAAACGUAUGAAAAUGACUAUGAAAAUCUCCUUCAUAAGUUGAUCCAUGAUCUCGGUCAGUGGAAAGUGACCAAGAUAAUCAUAAAAUAAUGCGUUGUGGAGGGAGGCUGAAACAUGCAGAUAUCAAUCUCGAUAUUGUGCAUCCAUGGCUUUUAACAAAGAAGCAUUGGAUCACAAGGUUGAUUGUGUUACAUACACAUCAACAAAUCAUCAAGCAUGGAGGAGUGUUAGACACACACAUCUCAGACAACAGUACUGGAUUCCUCAGGGAAGACAGUCAGUCAAAUCAAUCUUGAAAAAUUGCAUGAUAUGCCGAAGGUAUGAUGCAAGAAUUUGUCCUUAUCCUGGUCCACCACCGCUAGCAAAGGAACAAUUGGUCCAUCUACAUCCUUUUGAGACAACAGGUGUAGAUUAUACAGGAGCUAUCUAUCUAACAGGAACUGCAGAUGAACAGCCUAUUAAGGCAUACAUAUGUUUGUUCACAUGUGCUACUACUAGAGCAGUUCAUUUAGAGGUAACACCCGAUAUGUCUGCUCAAUCUUUUAUCCAGGCUUUCUGCAGAUUCGCAGCUCGUCGAUCAUGUCCUAAUCUGAUGAUAUCAGAUAAUAGAGCUAAUUUGGUAGCUGGAGAAGCAUGUCUACGGGAAAUCUGUUCCCAUCCUGCAGUUACUUCCACACUGGAACAACGUCACUGCAGAUGGAAGUUUAUCCCUCCUAGAGCUCCAUGGCAUGGAGGCUUUUAUGAACGGUUAAUAGGAACUGUCAAGAGAUUCUUGAGAAAAUCUUUAAACUAUAUAAGAAUCAAGCUUGAAAAACUCCAGACAGUAGUUGUGGAAAUAGAAUCCAGAGUGAACAACCAGCCGUUAUCAUACUUGUCUGAUGAUCCUACUCAACAUGAGCCAUUAAGCCCUGGCCACUUACUGUAUGGAAGAUCUCUGACUCCAGUACAAUCUCUAGUGUAUGAUGAGAUCAGAGAUCCCUCAUGUGUGGGACAGAGUGAGCUGGUUCAGGGGUAUAUGUGUCUGUCCAGGAUAAUCCAAAAAUGGAAUAAUGUAUGGACAAAAGAAUAUUUCACAUCUCAAUGAGAACAUCACUAUGAGGCUAAUAUCCCUCAUAAUAAAUCGCAUCUCUAACCUGGUGACAUUGUCUUGGUAGACUGUGACGGUCCAAGAGCUGAAUGACCAUUGGGAAAAGUCGUCUCCGUCCAUCCAGAUAGCCAGAGGGUUUUGUGAAUAGUCAAGGUCUUGUCUAAAGGAACCACUUCCCUGAGGACAUUGAACAAACACUUACUCCGCAAGGAUUAAGUGAGUCAGUUACAGUCAGAUCCUGGGAGACCCACAGAAUCUCUUAUUCCAGAUGACUCACAGACACCAAACAGGCACAUACGACCAUCAUGGACAGCAGCCCAAAGGUCCAAACACAACUUGCACUUGUAUUAUCAAUCUGAUCCAGAGUAAUUGAAUGUAUAUGGACAUAUGUAAUACUAAAUAUUGGACUCUGUGCCAGUUGUUUUCCUCUGGAAGAUGUGGAAAAUUCCACUCAUGUUAAUAUUAUUAUUAUCUAAGGAAUGUAUUAUUCCAUAUCAAAUCUAUAUAUCAGAAUUAUUAUAUAUUGAUUAUAUCUACUGUAUCUACAUCAGCAUCCUGUAUGACCAUUGGUCAAAUACACAAUUGGGCUCAAUGCCUAUAUAAUAUUGUAGAUGUGAUCCCCACAAUCUAGAAGCUUCCAGGUAAUAAAAAAACUGAUGGAAUCAAAGUUAUAGCUUCCAGUGAUGUAUUUUCAAAAUCCUUAAUAAAGAACAAAAGGUAUUAUCAAGUACUGCCAGUAAUCUUUAUAUCCACUAAGCAAUUAUCUUGUGAUAUAACUUUAUCAUAACAAUAAGUCUAGAUAAAAAAAAAAUUAUUAUCAUUGCCGUCACCUUGAAUGACGCCACGGGCAGACUCUGGUGGACCAAAGCGCCCAGAAUCGUGCAGCAGCAGAGGCGGCUCGUAUUCAGAUCCAGGAGUGAACUCGUGUGAAGGACUGGAGAUUCCUUUUACAGCUAAAUAAUAUCAGCACUGGCAUUCACUGACGAUCUGGUUGUGGCAGCAGAAACGGCUGCUGGACACUCAUAACAAGUAUUUGCCACACACUGCGGGGCUCUGGUCUUAAUGUAAAUGCUGUGAAAUGCUGUACGCUAAGCAUAGCGAUUGAUGUCCAUUGCAGGACGUGGCAUGUCCCCACCAGGAAGGCAUACUACGUCGGGGAUGAUGAAAUCGAGGUGACAUAAGGAGGCGAUUGCACUGAGGGAAGGGCAGUUCACCUUGAGCAGUCCAAAACUCUUGACUUGGUCCUAUGAGAGAACAAGGUGGCCACCAUCGGUUAUAGCAGUGUGUUAGCUGCUGAUUUAUGCAGUGUUAUAUGGGCCGAUGUACCCGGGAUUGGCUAGGAAGAGUUACAAGACGACAGUGGUGCGUCUGUUGAGAAGUGCUACUAGUGAGCGACUAGAGACUUCUGCUAAGUGGCUAGCUACCCCUGUAUGUGAUUAUUUGAGACCCCCUGUCAGCGUGUUGCUGAAACCCUCUGCCAGUGUGCAUCUGGAGAGCAGAGGGGGGGGGGGUAUUGGCACAUUGUAAUGAUACGGUGUGUGUGGACUGGCACAUGUUCAGGAAGGUGAACUCGCUGGUGUUUGCCAUUAAGUGUGAACUACGUGUACCUGGUAAGUGGAUUCACCGGGACUUGAUGAACACUGCCGAUGUAUUGUGUCGACACUGUAAAUAUGUGUAAUAAUACUUUAAUAUAAUAUAUAUAGUG